AUGUUUGUCGCUCUUUCUAUUUUUGCCCUUUCGCUUUCCUUUUUGGUCUAUCAACGUCCGCCGUCCACAUGGCUUGCCUUCAUUACGCGUAUUACGCAGGCACCUUCGCGGGCUGUCGCAGAGAAGUCGCAGCAUGGCCAGAAACAAGACAGCGCUCCCACUGAGGAGCAGAGCAUAGAGUUGCAGUCUCCCACAAAACAUGAAGACAGCAGGAGCUCGAUGAGUCUGUCACGAGAGUCGACACCAAAGGCGACGCCGGUACCCGAAGGCGACGUUCCUGCAGUACCGACCUUUACGCUCAACGAGCACCAAAGUUCAGAUGAAGAGGAAGAAGAUGACCUACCACCGCCCUCCUUUCCCGCCAUGAACUCGGCGCAACGGGCUUCUAAAGCGCCAUCAAUGUCAGUAAUGGCGCCGCCACCGCAGCCUAACAAGCCAACCCUCAUGGCGCCUCCACCCAAACCCACGACUUCGCUCAUGCCGCCACCGCGAGUCGCAGCUUCAAACCUGCGCGCCCUUCCCACCUCGCCCUCUCCGUCGAUGCGCGUACCCACAACUGGGCCUCUUCCCAACCGUGGUCCGCUGCCGAAUCGCGGCCCACCCACCUCAAACGGCAGUCUAGGAUUACCACCCAGUGCGGGCCCGACACAAAAAGCGCGAGGAGGAAAGGUACUUUUGUCCCCAGGUCACUCUCCACUUGACUGGGCACAUUUGCAAAAGUCUGGCAAGAAUCUGUCCGGCGUCGACUCCAUGAUACGUGUUACACCCACCAUGUUGAAGGAAAAGAACGGACGCAAGGGCAAACCCGCAUGGUCAAGCUAUCAGGGAAAGGUAUACAAUAUAUCACCAUACCUACCCUUCCACCCAGGCGGAGAGGGUGAGCUACGGAGGGCCGCGGGUAAGGAUGGGACCAAGCUGUUUAUGGAGGUGCAUCCGUGGGUGAAUUGGGAGAAUAUGCUAGGGGAGUGUAUGGUAGGAAUUAUGGUUAGUGAAGAGCAGUUACCACAAGCUACUGAAGGUGCCGGUGCUGGCAGUCUCGAGGACAUGGAUUAG